AUGCAACACAGUACAUUUCAGAAAGAAAAACUGAGGACAUUCCUGGAAAACUGGCAUCAAGAUGAGAAAGCCGAACGUAUUCUAAACGAGCGCCUCGCAGUCUGGAAAUCCCUCGUCAAAGACUCAGAAGACGACACAACGGCCAUGAUUUCAGUAGACGAAUACGUGCAGCAUAGUUUAUCGUUCGUCAACUGGGUCAACUACCGACAGGAGUUGCAAGUAAAACUCAUCUCGACUACCUUCAAUGCGAUGGACCUCGACGGCGAUGGCUUGAUUUCCAAGGAAGAACACGCCGCUUUCUUCUACGGCAUCCAUGUCCCCGUUGAGCACUCGAAGGACAUCUUUAAUGUGAUGGACGCGGAUAAGGACGGUUUUAUAUCCCUUGCAGAGUAUGCAGAGGCGCAUAUGGAGUUUUGGUUGACCGAAGAUCCCGAUAAUAAAUAUAAUGAAUUUUUUGGACCAUUGGUCGACUAG